CCCCGCCCCCUGGCAGCGGCUCGGCCCAUUUCGGCUCCGUUCGGCCGCGUUCGGCUCGGCGUGGCCGGGUUCGGCUCCGCUCCGUCCCGUCCGUCCCGGUUUGGCCCGGCCCGGCCCGGCCCGGCCCGGCCAUGGGCUGGCCCGUGCUGCUGACCGUGACCGUGACCGCGCUCCUGGCCCCCGCCGCCGCCUGGGAGCCCUCGGCCGAAGAGGAGCAGCUGUUCAAGGCCUGGAUGCUGCAGAACGAGCGGCGCUACGGCCCGCACGAGUACCCGCGGCGGCUGCGCAUCUUCCUGGACAACAAGCGGCGCAUCGAGGAGCACAACGCCGGCAACCACAGCUUCCAGAUGGGCCUGAACCAGUUCUCGGAUCUGACGUUCGCAGAGUUUAAAAAGCUGUACCUGUGGAGUGAGCCCCAGAACUGCUCAGCCACCAAGGGCAACUUCCUGCGCAGCUCUGGGCCGUAUCCCGACUCCAUCGACUGGAGGAAGAAGGGAAAUUUCGUGACACCCGUGAAAAACCAGGGUGCCUGUGGGAGCUGCUGGACUUUUUCCACCACGGGCUGUUUGGAGUCUGCUAUUGCCAUCGCCACGGGAAAGCUGCUCUCUCUGGCAGAGCAGCAGUUGGUUGACUGUGCCCAGGCCUUCAACAACCACGGCUGCAGUGGGGGCCUGCCGAGCCAAGCCUUCGAGUACAUCCUGUACAACAAGGGGCUCAUGGGGGAGGACAGCUACCCGUACCGGGCCAAGAAUGGCACCUGCAAGUUCCAGCCCGAGAAGGCCAUUGCCUUUGUCAAGGACGUUAUCAACAUCACACAGUAUGACGAGGACGGCAUGGUGGAAGCCGUGGGGAAGCACAACCCAGUGAGCUUUGCCUUUGAGGUGACGAGUAACUUCAUGCACUACAGGAAAGGAGUGUAUUCCAACCCGCGCUGCGAGCACACCCCUGACAAGGUGAACCACGCCGUGCUGGCCGUGGGCUACGGGGAGGACAACGGCACUCCCUACUGGAUCGUCAAGAACUCCUGGGGCCGCCUGUGGGGCAUGCAGGGGUAUUUCCUGAUCGAACGAGGCAAGAACAUGUGUGGGCUGGCUGCGUGUGCCUCCUACCCCGUUCCUCAGGUGUAGGACACCAGCACGGGCCACGGGGCUGCAGAGGCUGAGCGUGUCCCAGUGUCCGAGGGUGUCCCAGUGUCCGAGGGCUGGCAUGAGGGCACAACGGGGCGCCACGCCUGCCUGCGGGGGGUGUGACCUGCGGGAGGUGUGAUCUGCUGGGAGGUGUCACCUGCUGGGAGGUGUCACCUGCUGGAGGUGUCACCUGCGGGCUGGUGUCACCUGCUGGAGGUUUCUUGGCUUGCACACACCUCCCGCAGCAGCCCGACCUGAGCCUGCUCUCUCCAGCCCCACUCUGGCGUGCCCCUGCCAGGCUCCCUCCUCCAGCUGUGCCCAGCUGUGCCCCCACGCCCUGUCCCGGCCCCGGGGAACCACCCGGGCACCGCCCUGGGCACACGGGGCCGCCCCGCCCUUCGGGGGCUUCCCUGCAAUCACCGGGUGUAAAUUGUAGCGAUUUUAAAAUUUUCUCUGAAGGCAAUUUCCCUGUACUUUAAAUGAAGGAUGAAUGAGUGCUGUGAUUUGUACACUUUAAUCAAUUUUCAUGAAAUGUCUGCUAUUUUUUGUAUUAAAACCCAGAGUAUUUUAAUCCACACAGAGAAGAAA